AUGGCCCCGCCCACAAGACCUGACCCCACCCACAUGCCGCCGCUCGCCGAGAGGCUCCUCCAGGCCCCGCCCCCUGCCAAUGCCCCGCCCCCGAGCCCGCGCUGCCCGUUUCUGGCCGGUUGGCACCAGGCUAACAUCGGUGGCCCUGGACGCCGCUGGCGGCCCGCCCUAGGCAGCCCGGCCCCACCAAGCCGGGCCCUCCCAGGUGAGCACCUGCGCUCACGAGCUGUGCAUCCUGGGCACAGCCCCACCAACAUGGAAGAUGACCACCUUGAGGGGGAUGUAGAAGAUAAAGACACAGGUGAUGGAGAAGUUCCCGGGGCUCUGUUCCCUGAGGCGACGCGCUGGCGCUGGCGGCUGUUGUUGGCUGAGCCCCAGCAGCUCCGGCCGCCCGCUUUCCCCUCCGCAGAGUUCACCUGGGAGGUGAAGGCCAACGACAGCGCCUACCACAAGCAGUGCAAAAAGAAGGGCUUCCUGUGCUGGAGGCAGAAGAAGUACAAGAGCAACGCCAUCCACACAGCCAAAUACAACUUCUUCUCCUUCCUGCCUCUGAACCUGUACGAGCAGUUCAGUCGGGUGUCCAACCUCUACUUCCUUUUCAUCAUCAUCCUGCAGAGCAUCCCUGAGAUCUCCACGCUGCCCUGGUUCACGCUCUUUGCACCCCUGAUCUGCCUGCUCACUAUCCGGGCUACCCGUGACCUGGUGGAUGAUAUCGGUCGACACAGGAGUGAUAAGGUCAUCAACAACAGGCCCUGCCAGAUCCUGAGGGGGAAGAGUUUCCUGUGGAAGAAAUGGAAGAAUCUGUAUGUGGGCGAUGUGGUGCGUCUCAGAAAAGACAACAUAGUCCCGGCCGACAUGCUUCUGCUGGCCAGCACAGAGCCCAGUAGCCUGUGCUACGUGGAGACUGCAGACAUUGAUGGGGAGACCAACCUGAAGUUCAGACAGGCUCUGACAGUCACGCACCUCGAACUCACUAGCCCGAAAAAGAUGGCUUCCUUCCAUGGUGUGGUGACCUGUGAGGAACCCAACAGCCGGAUGCAUCACUUCGUGGGGAGCCUGGAGUGGAACAGCAGGAGGUACCCGCUGGGCAUCGGGAACCUCCUCCUGCGAGGCUGCAGGAUCCGAAACACGGACACCUGCUAUGGCUUGGUCAUCUAUGCUGGUUUAGAUACAAAGAUCAUGAAGAAUUGUGGCAAGAUUCACCUGAAGAGGACCAAGCUGGACCUGCUGAUAAACAAAUUCAUUAUCCUGAUCUUCAUGUCCCUGGUGCUCACGUCCUUGUUGCUAACAAUGGGCUUCACCUUCAUAAUGAAAGAACUCAAAGACAAACAUUUUUACCUGUCGGUACUGUUCACGCGCUCGGAGGCCACAGAGUCAUUCUUCAUUUUCUGGGGCUUCCUCAUUUUGCUCAGUGUCAUUGUGCCUAUGUCCAUGUUCAUCAUCGCUGAGUUCAUCUACUUAGGGAAUAGCUUCUUCAUCAACUGGGACCUCAGCAUGUACUACGAGCCCCGGGACAUGCCGGCCAAGGCCCGCAGCACCAGCCUCAAUGACCAGCUGGGCCAGGUGCAGUACAUCUUCUCAGACAAGACCGGGACACUGACACAGAACAUCAUGACCUUCAAAAAGUGCUGUAUCAAUGGCUGCAUCUACGAUGAUGAGCGUGCGACACUCCUAAAGCAGAAUCCGUACUCCUGGAACUUGUUUGCUGAUGGCAAAUUCCAGUUCUACAAUAAGGACCUGGAAUUCGCCGUCCGAGGCCAGCUGGACAGAGUGGUACAGGAGUUCUGGCGUCUGCUGGCCAUCUGCCACACCGUCAUGGUACAGGAGAAAGACAGUGCCUGGGUAGCGCUCCCUAGGAAGCCCCGGCUGGCAAGGCUGGCAACAGUGCAGACGGUGACCUUUGGCUAUGAGGCUCCAGUGUGCCCUCCACUCUUGGGGGCACUGGUCCCUGGAGAUGGGACUCUCCGAACCCCGGGGGAAUGGGGAGAGGGUCUGAAGCCUUUCAACUGCGAGGGCUCCCCUGAGGUGGCCUCGCGGGACCUCGGCGUCCUCCCCGCUCCCGCCCGCCUCUGGGGUACGCGGUCGCCCCGGCCCCCCGCCGCUCUCGGUUCCCGGCUUCCCCGCCCCCUCCGCCCUGCAGCGCCGAGAUAA